AUGCAACAUACGUUGAACAUCUCGACGGCCGAGACUCCGAUGGAGACGGGACCGCCGGAGGAGGGCAAGCUGAAUGUUUCCGAGUUUUAUCGCGGUGCGACCGUGCUUAUCACCGGUGGAACCGGGUUCAUCGGGAAAGUGUUGGUGGAAAAGCUACUACGGUGCUUCAAAGUGAAGAAAAUUAUUCUUCUCAUCCGUCCGAAGGGCAACAUUGGUCCGUCGGAACGUCUCCAGCAGAUGCUGGACGGCCCGAUAUUCAACACGCUACGCAAUAGCAAGGCCAACGCUCAGCAUCUUUUCAGGAAGGUCGUCGCAAUGGAGGCCUCCUUCGAGCAAACAGACAUCGUGGACGAUAUCAAUAGAACUAAAAUUUGCAAUGAAGUUCAGAUCGUCUUCCACGUGAUGGCGUCCAUCCGGUUCGAUGAAGUCCUGGACGAUGCGAUCGCCAUGAACGUUACGUCCGCCCAGCGACUCUACGCACUGUCAAACGCAAUGACUCAAUUACGCGCGGUCGUCCACGUGUCGACGUUCUACUCCAACUGUAACCGGGAGCACAUUGAGGAGCGCAUCUACGACGACAUCCCAUUCGGUGGACUCGAUCACAUCACGCUGAUGCUGAAGAAGCUGGACACGCGAGAAAAAGAGCGUAUGACGCAGCUUGUCCUGGGCGAGAUGCCGAACUCGUACGUGUUCAGCAAGAAGUGCGCCGAGGCGAUGAUCGGGCGCGACUUCCGGCACCUACCGAUCGGUAUCUUUCGGCCGCCGAUCGUGAUCUCGAGCUACCGCGAGCCGGAACCGGGUUGGAUCGACUGCUUCCACGGUGCCACCGGGCUUUGCGUGCCGGUUGUUGUCGGCAAACCCAUGUGGUAUUACGGCAAGCCCGAGGUUAAGCCGUUCAUGACACCGGUCGACUACACCGUGGCCGGCAUGAUCGUGGCCGCCUGUGACAUUGGUCAACGUCAGUGCAGCAUUUUGCCAUUGGAGAAGCCGGUUCCGGUGUACAACUACACGUUCGAGAAGAAUGCGUUUCCCUAUGCUAACUUGGUGGAACUAGUUAGCUCCGGGCUCCCGAAUCCAGUUGAUCGAUGGUUAGCAGGAAUCAAGUGCCGAAUAAGCCCGUGGAAAGUAUUCCCCAAGAUUUUGCUAUGGCUAAUGACGCUCCAGGCUCGGAUAGCUGAUGAGGUGUUGGCUUGGUUUGGAAAGCGAGGAAGCAACGUUAAAAUCGUCUCGGCAAUCUCUACCCUUGCCAAUGCGGUCGAAUUCUUCCGCUGUCGCAUGUGGACGAUGGAUAACGGCAACGUGAAACGCAUGAUAUCGCUACUUUCGAGUGACGACGCGAAACGGCUCGACAUAGACGCAGAUCGAAUCGAUUGGCGGGACUACUACAAGUCCUUCGCCAAAGGAAUCGCAAUGGAGCUGAUGCGAAAGGGAGGUGGUGGUGGUGGUGGUGGUGGCGGUGGUUAUGGUGCUGGUAUCAGUCAUCAUCCUAAUCGCAUCAUGAGUGACAGCUGUGGGUCGAAGGUGAUCGAGUUCUACCAGGACUCGGUCGUGAUGAUCACGGGCGCCAGCGGUUUCCUCGGGAAGGUGCUGCUGGAGAAGCUGCUCCGAUGUCUGGAGGCACGCAAGAUAUACGUCCUGAUACGCCGGAAGCGGGACUACAGUGCGCAGAUGCGGUUAGAGCAGAUCCUAAAGUCGGUGUUAUUCGACCGCGUUCGCAGCGAAACCAAGGCGGCCAAGGGGCUGUUCGAUAAGAUCGAGGCCGUGGAGGUAAACUUCGAGCGGGACGAUCUCGGUCUGGAGCCGGCGCUGCGUGACCGGCUGCGGAGCGAAGUGGAGGUGGCGUUCAACCUGCUCGCCUCGGUCAACUUCAACGAGGCGCUCGACCAGGCCCUGGAGACGAACGUCGAGUGUACGCGGCGCGUGCUAAAUCUGCUCAGCGGUGCCCGGCGCAUCAAGUCCGUCAUCCACGUGUCGACGUUCUACUCGAACUGCAACCGGACGAUAAUCGAGGAGAAGAUCUACGACGACAUCGGCUUCGGCGGGUACGACAACAUCAAGAACACGUUCGCCAAGCUGCAGGACGACCACAAGCAGUUCCUGUCGCCGGUCGUGCUCGGCACGUUCCCGAACUCGUACACAUUCAGCAAAAAGUGCGCCGAGGUGGUCGUGCGCGACAAGUUCGGCCACCUGCCGGUGGGGAUCUUUCGGCCACCGAUAGUGACCUCCAGCUACCGGGAACCCGUACCUGGAUGGAUCGAUAACUUCAACGGGCCAAGCGGCAUGGUGGUGCCGCUGUCCCAGGGCCUGUACAGUGCCGCCCUGCUGGAUCCGAAGAAGAAGCCGUUCAUCGUACCGGUCGAUUUCUGCGUCAACGCACUGCUGAUGUGUGCCUACGACGUCAGCAAAUCGAGCGUCGUCACCAAAACCAUUCCCGUCUACAACUACACCGACGACAGCAACCUCUGGACCUGGGGCCAGGUGAUCAAUGGGUUCUUCAGCGGUCUCGGCCCGAUCCGAAAACUAGUGGCAAAAUACUUUACCGGCACAAUCACGGUCAAUCCGAUCCGGUACGCAAUCUGCAAACGGAUCAUGAUGUUCCAGGCGUUCUGUCUGGACCUGGUCCGCACGUUCACCGGAAAGGAAAAGAUAAUGCAACGAUUGUUCUCCAAGAUGGUGACGCUGAGCGAGGUGUUGCGCUUCUUCUGCCUGAACGACUGGAAGAUGACGAACGCCAACAUCCGCCGGAUCAGCGACGAGAUGUCACCGCUCGAGGCGGAACUGUUUCCGCUCGACAUCAGGAAGAUCGACUGGACCGAGUACUACCGGAACUUCGUGCCGGGCGUGAUCAAGUACGCCGUCCAGCCGCGCACCCCGCGCAGCAGCCCGAGCAUCACCGAGCGCAAGCUGAAGGAGUCGAAGCUGCGGGAAACGAAAAAGCUCAACAGCGGCCUGUUCUACCUGCUGUGGAGCUCCGUGUUUAUCAUAGCGCUGAAAAUAUUCAAAAACCUCUUCAACAAGGUGUGAAGAACCCCUUUCCAACUCAGUACGCUUCCAAUUUAUUUAGGUUGAAUUUAAGGACGGAAAAUGGGACACGAACACACACACACACGCGUACACACACAAACAACACAUCAAAACACACGUGCGCACUGCAGGAUUGGGAUAAGCAGAACCCAUCGGCGUACGCAACAAGCAGCAACAGCAGCAGCAACAGCAGCAGUAGUAGCAGCAUCAGCAGCAUCAACUAUUGAUCUAGAAUUAAUGAAACAUACACAACUCACAUUCAAACAUGGAAACGGAAAACAUCAACAACACAAACAAAAAUCAUUAAAAUAAAGUAUAACAAGUUAAACAAAGAAAAAAAAAUGAAACCAAGAACAACAACAACAACAACAACAACAACAACAACUUUGCCACUAGCUACGUAGAGCUAAGAUACCUGAAAAGUUCAGUGACAGAUUUUUUUUCCACAAAUGAUAACGAUUA